UACUACCUGUGGAUGCCACUGUUGAUAUGGAAAAAAUUGAGGAAAUGUUUGCUGGUCUGCAUAUUGUUAACCGUUCCUUGGCACCUAAAGAGCCCACUUAUCUGCUUGGUAUAGACACAUCAAAGACUGUACAAGCAGGAAAAGGAAGCUUGGUUGCAGUUUUAUGUUCUAAUGGAUCAAUAAGAAUACAUGAUAAAGAAACGCUGAAUAUACUGCGAGAAUUCAGUGGAUAUCCAGGACUUCUUAGUGGAGUCAAAUUUGGAAAUUCCUGUAACAGUGUAUAUUCAGCAAGUACUGAUGGCACUGUGAAAUGCUGGGAUGCUCGAGUAGCCAGUGAAAAGCCUACUCAGCUGUUCAAGGGUUACCCUUCCAAUAUUUUCAUCAGUUUUGAUAUCAACUGUAAGGACCAUGUCAUUUGUGCUGGCACAGAAAAAGUUGAUGAUGAUGCAUUGUUGGUAUUUUGGGAUGCAAGAAUUAAUUCUCAGGAUUUUUCUACUGCUAGAGACCCGCUUGGUGCCGAUUCAGAGACACAUAGUGAUGAUGUCACUCAAGUAUGCUUCCAUCCCAGCAAUCCCAACAUGGUUGUCUCAGGUUCAACUGAUGGCCUGGUAAAUGUAUUUGAUAUUAGUGCUGAUGAUGAAGAGGAUGCCCUGCUUGCAACCUGUAACUCAGCAUCAUCAGUAAGCCAUAUUGGUUGGUCUGGAAAAGAUUAUAAACAGAUUUACUGCAUGACACAUGAUGAAGGAUUUUGUUGGUGGGAUCUCAAUCACUUGGAUACUGAUGAACCAAUUACACGUUUGAAUAUCCAAGACGUCAGAGAAGUAAUUGAUGUGAAAGAAGGUAAUUUGGACUGUUUGAUUGGUGGCUUAUAUCAUGAGAAGAUGAAUAAAUUAUUUGUUGUUGGAGGUGCAAACACAGGAAGGAUUCAUUUAAUGAGCUGCACCACUGCAGGACUGGCCCCAGUGGCCAGCCUGGAGGGAGGGCAUACUGCCACAGUUCGAUCCUUCUGUUGUGCACAGUUACUGCUCUGGAAACCUGGAGCUGUGGAGAAGACCUUUACAAAGAAAGGCGGCAUGAAAGUGGUAUCCUCUGUGCACCAGCGAGUGCGCAUCCAUAGUAGCCAUUCUUACAAGAGAAGGAAAAGGUGAUGCUGCCUUGGGAAUUUACUUGAUAGUCUGUG